AUGGAUCUUGAGGUACGGUCAGACCUGGAAGGUAGGGAGAGCAGGAGGGGAGACAGCGGAGUAGGUGGGUUUGUGUGGAAUGAACAGGCGUUGGCAGCAGAGAGCUGGAUGGACCUUGAGGUCAGGCCGUACCUCAAGGCCUGGCCGUACCUCAAGGUGCGUCCAGCGCUGCACAGGUUGCGCCUGCUCUCUGCUGCCAACGCUCGUUUCUUCAACCUCUCCUUUGUCUGCGCCGAUCGCCGCGACUACCCCAACUUCUACCCUCCUUUAAAAGGGAGCAAAGUGAAAUUUGCCCAGAUAAGCAGUGAUGCAGGUUAUCUCGUCCGCCCAUCCUACGUCCGCUCCCUGCUACUUGCACCAGGCGAGCGAAAGGACAUUCUCGUGGACUUCUCCUCGCUGCCCUCCGUCUGCCGGGACGUGAUUACUGCCUCUGAGACCCCUUUCACUAACGUCCAUCUGCUUGUUGCAUGCCUCCCUCCCCUCUCCCUCACCCCUCCCUCCCCUCUCCCUCACCCCUCCCUCCCACACCCCUUCUCCCCGGAUCAACCUCAACCAAGUAGCACAUGA